CGGGAAACUCAGUCAUUCAAGCUCUCUCUACGCUGUGACGCAACUCCUGUGGCCAUCUUGCCAUGAAGGCUCAGCGCUGCUCGUCUCCUCUUCAGGCCGUAGUGGGCGUACUCGAGGGUAAGGCCGGGAAGCCUUCCACACGAGCUGAGGCCACACAGGUGCUCAUGUACCUGGACCGCUUACAGCAGCUGGUACCACAAUGCCCUAAAGACCGGCCUGUGCCCCGCCUGGAGUUGAUCCAGGCAGUCAUCGACUACAUAUGUGACCUACAGGACCAACUGGCAGAGGCCCCUACCCUCCUCCCGGAGACUGACACCCUCCAAGACUCAGUGUUCGAGGAUGAACCGCCCGAGAAUUCACCGUGAGACAGCACCGUCCCACAUCUCUCGUCCUUAUCCGUUGUCGCUACUCCUCGCGACGCCCACAGCAGGAGACACGUCCCUCAAGCUGUAGUCGUGAGCAUUAAAGCCAACGCCGCCCCAGAACAGCAGGCCACGACGUCUGGCUGCUCCUCGCUCUUCCCUGCUAGUGGAAGCCUGCAGCCUUGGUCCUGACGUGUGACCGAGACCACAUGUCAUAGCGGCUCCUCAAUGAUGUCACCGCCUACUGGCACCGCCCGCCACGUGCUGGCCUGACCAUGACCUGACCGUCGCCACGGCCGCGCCACACCACCGCAGUCUUCAGCUUGAUGUGGCGGCAACACUCCACGGAUGAUGCCCCACCUGCCUCGCCUAGCCUCAACAGGCCCCCACAGCACCACCCUCUCACCGCCCACCCACCACCAGCCUCGGCCACUCCAAGCGUCUGCCCCAUUAAGCCCUGUUCGUUAUCUGCACCUCGGGCCACACCUUUAGACCCAUUAUUGUAAACCUCCACGUUAAUACACACACUGAUUUUUUUUUUUUUUUUUUACAUUUGAAAUUUUAAGAGUAUAUAUAUAUGUGUGUGUAUAUAUAUAUAUAUAUAUAUAUAUAUAUAUAUAUAUAUAUAUAUAUAUAUAUAUAUAUAUAUAUAUAUAUAUAUAUAAGCAAUAAAGAAAAAACAUACAAACAUAUCCUUGAUAGUGUGUUAUGAACACACCACACCUGGUUCACACAGGCAACAAGGAGCUCAUGAGUGGAACGGCGUCCCUCCACUCUCCCUGGCCUCCACACAGUGCCACCACGCUCUCUCAACUCUCACCACCAAAGACCUACUUCAGACUCACCUCUGCAUCCUUCCUGAGUCAGCCAGUUCCCCUAGGGACCUACCAAAAGCAUUCUCCUUAUGUCAACACACUAUUGUUCGCUCAUGUGACUCGCAGGUCACAUGAGCGACUUCAUUCGAAGUCGCCGUAUGUUUCAGGAUUUGUGUUGUACUUAUGUUUGCCUUGUACUGAUAUGAGUACAGUUAUUGUCAUUAUUAUUACCAUUAUUAUUCUAUUGAUAUCACCAGUACAAAUUUUUGGUUUAUGACAUACUGGUUAUUUUUCACUACAAACAAACAUUAAUAAAUAAAUAUGGACAGUUUUCUA